AUAGGCAAAGAACCUGGUGAUCGAGUUGCGCUUCUCUUCCAGGUUGAACUCGGCGCGCGGCACAAACUCGUCGGCUCUCGUCAGGAGUAUCGCAGGAUCAAAGAUCCAGAAUGGGUCAUGGAGUCGCUUGGCCAUCCCUGUGGGGAGUGCAAAUCGGGUCUGCGACGAGCGAGCGUUGGGGCGGUGGAAUGCGUUGAUUCAUCUUGUUGGCGCUGCGUCUGGAGUUCUGUGUGGAUUUUCUGUGCUGGAUGAAUCAAACAGAAAGGCGCUGGACUUUUUCUCUUUCCCCUCCAUCUCGCAGACCACAUCCAAGCAAGCCAUGCCCAAGCGAGCCAGCACGCAGCCCCCUGCUCCCCGAGGCACCAAGCGUCUCAAGCGCACGAUCUGCUACGUCGAUGGGUUCGACUGCUCUGGGGUUUCCAUGAGCGAUCUCGUGGCCACCCAGCCCAACCUCGACCAACUGGCGGAAAUCGUGAACGCCUGUGUCAUGGAAGGAGACCUGCUCUGGAUUCUCGAGCCCCGCGAUAUCAUCAGGCUCAUGCGGACCUGUCGCUACAUGUUCUGCUUCCUGGCGAGCUUCAAGGCCAUCGCCUUUCGCAGAUGGAUGUCCAAGAACGGGCUCGGGAUAAUCAGCUCGUCGCUCACAACAGACAGCCUAACCGUCUCGAACCCCUUCGAGAUCGGCCUCUUCGACUAUGAGGUCAAGAAGGUAUUGACUGAUCUAUUCCCCAAGAGCCCACCCCUCCACGAAAAUGUACGAUGGCUCCAAACCAGAAUCCAGAAGCAAGAAACCCCCGAGCUCCGCGUGCUCGCGAGGAGUGUUGCUGCUCGCAUCAAGCUGAUCAGGUCGAAAUCAUCCAAAGAUCAUUUGCCUGGAUUCACCACAUACAACAUGUCGCAAGCCCUCUUCACAGAGAAUCAAGAACUUUCUCAAGGAGGAGACAUCUUUGCUUCGCUCGCGAUUCUUCACAAAAACAUCGUCGAUUCCAGGUUUGCCACAGGCAAAGCGACUCUGAUGGAAAUCAUUCGCUUGAUCGAAGACAAGGGAAGCAUUAUUGCGUCUGACAUGCUUCUGAGGAUCAACGUGGAUAUUGUGAAGUUGCUUCCUGAUUUCCACACCACAUACAUUGGCGCCGAUGUCACCGGCGACUUCUACACACAUGCUCUCGCCAUCAAGGACGGCAAGCGUAGCUACACAGCUUCCGAUCGGCUGCGACACUACUACUUCUUGCAGCGGGCUGCAACAAAUGGCGAUUCCAGAGCACUCCUCGAUCUUGCCCAGAUGUUCAUGGGCGCUGGUAUCAGACAACGCACCACACCCAUGCUCGCCGCGGUAACUUCUUUCGACGGCCUCGACCCCUUUGUGGUUUAUCGCUGCGGGAUGUACAUCAUGAAAAAUGAAGUACUGAAAAAAAGAGUUGCAAUACGUUUCUUCGAGUCGAUUCAACACCCUGACCUUUUGAGACAGCUUGGAGUCGCAUUUUCCAAGCCCCGAUACAGGGACCCCAACCCCAUCCUCGCACUCUACUGGUUCAAACGAGCUGUUGAAUAUGGAUGCAAAGAAUCCGAGACGCACAUCCAGGAGCUUCAGAGUCAUCCAGAGCACUUUGACAUCGCCAACUCUCGAAAGGCAGAGAAUUGUCUCUUGAAUACCAAGUGCAUAUGUUCAGAGUCCACAUACGAUGCUAUCCUUCGCAUGUUGAACGAAGUCCCCCUUCCACUCCAUUUGCGCAUUGCGAAAUAUAUCAGAAGUCAUGGACAUGUCCCUAGGUCCGAAGCAGAAUAUCAAAUGUGGCUCGAGAUCAAGAAUUCAAGCAAUCUGUCGAUCGAGCAACAACAAGAGGGACUCAUGCUCCUGGCUCAAGCCACGAAGAAGGACCCUCAAAAACAUGGUGCGGAAUUCGAACAAGAGUACAAGGUUGCGAUCCAGACGAUGGAAUCUGAGAAGAGAACCACGAAACCAGAUUCGAUGUCGCUGUUCGACAUGGGAAUGGCACUGUACUCCAAGCCCAUUUGCGAACAUCGACUGGCGUACAUGAUGUUCAGGAUGGCAGACCGGCUCGGGGAUCCCAGGGCACAUGGGAUGGUCGAGGUCUGUGAGAGAAAGUGGGAUGCAGUGGUUCACGACCUCGUGUGA